AUGGCCUCUAUCGAUGAAUUGUUGAGGAUGCAGACUCACCUGAUGAGCGCAAUAUCUCGCGCGCUUCCUAAUUUCAAGAAGUUGGGACAAGCCAAGAUGACACCUGCCGUAACGCGGCAACGCCUCAACACUCUCAAGGAAACCUUUACCAAAUGCCAAGAGCUGGACGUUCAACUUUUAGCUGCGGACGAGAAGGUAAAGGCAACUCAUGCGUACUUCACCCAAAAUUAUUUCCUAACCUGUGAGGAUUGUUACAACGAAGCAGCCGAUUUCAUGGCUGAACUACUGGACAGUCACGAAUCCCGCGAACUCUCUUCCGCUGCACAUGAAGUAAGUGGGAUUAAUAAUUCAUUUCGGGCCACGUCACAUCUGCCGAGAAUCAACUUGCCGACCUUCGACGGAAGUUUCGAGAAAUGGGAAAGUUUUCGCGACAAAUUCAAAUCGAUGAUCUGCGAUGAUCAUAAUUUAACGAAUGUUGAUCGCAUGCAUUACUUAUGUUCAUGUGUAAAAGGAAGUGCAAGUAACGCUCUUGACCAUCUCGCGGUUACCAAUAAUAAUUUCACUAUCGCGUGGAAUAUUCUCGUGUCUCGGUAUGACAAUAAACGUCGCCUUAUUACGGUACAUUUACAAUCGCUUGUCAAUUUACCUUCGAUCGCUUCAGAGACCUCCAACGACCUUCGUUCCCUUCGCGAUCAAACGAAUAAAGCUCUUCAAGCGCUAAGCAAUCUCGGCUGCGCUACCGAACACUGGGAUGAUUUGCUUGUAUUUCUAGUGUCACAAAAACUUGAUAAAUCAACACGAAAGGCGUGGGAACUUAAGCUCGGCGAUACGGUGGAAUAUCCACGUUACAGCGAGCUCGAUCGUUUUCUCGAAGCUCGCAUUCGCGCGUUCGACGCAAUAGCACCCGCGAUUUCAAAGGAUAAAUCACCGACGACCUCCAAAGGCAAAACAAUUGCCUCGCAUGCCGCGUCUAACGCUCCGUUCUUAUGUCCAUUAUGUAAAGCGAACCAUCUAUUGUAUCAAUGCUCUACGUUUUUAAAGCAAACUCCCAUUCAACGUUUCGAUUUCAUUAAAACCCAAAAGCGAUGUUCCAACUGUUUCAGUGUAAAACAUUCUGUUAAGGAUUGUACGAAUUCUCGCUCGUGCAAACAGUGUAAUAAACGGCAUCACACCUUACUACAUUUUGAUAUCCCCGCUCAGCCACUCGCUACUGAGCAACCGUCGACGUCCACCACCGCGAAUCUUGAAAGUCUAAGCGCCGUUGCGUCGCAUUUAAUAACGAAAACAGUAGCACCGAACUCUCACAUCUUACUUGCAACAGCUCGCGUACGAGUUUAUUCGUCUCAUACAUGCUUUGUAAAUGCUCGUGCGCUCCUUGAUCAAGGAUCUGCCGCUACCUUUAUAACAGAAUCGCUUGCGCAACGCCUACGACUUAAGAAAAUUAAUCGUUCCGCCUUCAUCACCGGUAUAAGCGAAAUGCAGUCCGUCGUGCGUUACGCUGCCCAAAUUACCAUUACCCCCGCGGAUCGCGAUGGACCUGCUUACUCGACAAUCGCGCUUAUAUUACGAUCAUUAACCAAAUACGUGCCAAAUCAAAUCCAGACAGCUCGUAACUGGAGCCACCUCAAGGGACUUAAGUUUGCCGAUGAUGACCCUAUGAGCUCGGAUCCGAUCGAUCUUAUCAUAGGUGCCGAUCUAUUCGGCCUGCUCAUCAUCAACGGAGUCCGAAAAGGAGCUCCGAAUGAACCUACCGCGCAAAAUACCACUCUCGGUUGGAUCCUUUCAGGACCAACAGCCUCGUUUUCAGCUAAUCACUCUACUAUCGAAUUUGCGCAUCACGGUGUUGUCCUUGAAACUCUCGAGCGCGAUCUUUGUCGAUUCUGGGAAGUACCUCGGCAAAUUCUUCGCAACCCUGAGGAACAUCAGUGCGAUGAACACUUCAGAAACCACACACUCACGUACGUCUGA